AUGCCCAAUUAUUUGGGGCACAGACAGCAGAUUAAACGGAAGCAAAGCGAUAAAAAAAAAUGUGUUUGUCUGCCGAUUGAUUAUCGGCUUAUUGAAUUCCCAGCAGUUUGGUCUGAGCUUCGAGCAAUGAAUCAACUUUGUGAUGGAAAAAUAAUCUGCGCAAAAGAAGAAAUUUUCCCGAUCCACCGGGCGAUUUUAUCAGCAGUGAGUCCUUACUUCAAAGCUUUGUUCACCAAAAGCUGGAAAGGAAACUCCGGAGAGACCCAGGAAGUGACAAUAAAUUGGAUACCGGGUGAGUUGUUCUCACUGAUUCUGGAUUACGCCUAUAAAGGGACUUGCAAGGUCACGGUUGAAAACGUCGAGCAACUCUUGCCUGUUGCGGACCAAUUCGAAGUCCUAGGGGUGGUCCAGCUCUGCUGCCAAUUUUUGCUCCAAGAACUGAGCCCCGAGAACUGCCUGGGGGUGUACAAGUACGCGAGAAGCUACUUCUGCCACGACCUUGAAGAGAAGGCUAGGAAGUAUAUCAGACAUAACUUCAAGAAGAUAUGGCGUGAGAGUACCGAGUUCAAGGAACUUACUUGUGGAGAACUGUGUAAAAUUCUCAGCGAUGAUGAGCUCAAUGUCAAGAGCGAAGAGCUUGUUUUUGAAGCGAUUAAAAGCUGGGUAGAAGUCGAUGAAAGUAAUCGAGCCGGAUACCUGCCGGAUCUUGUCGAGUGCAUUCGGUUUGGGCUCAUUAAUUCCAAAAUUAUUUCCAAACCGUCAAACAGAACCAGUGAAAAAUAUUCUCGCCCGCGAAUUCCUUAUGAAAUUCUGUUUGCGGUCGGAGGCUGGAGCGGAGGAUCACCAACCAGUUUCAUCGAAACCUACGAUACUAGAGCAGACCGCUGGUUCUUGUCAGUAAACACUGAUGUUGUUCCCCGAGCUUAUCACGGAUCAACCGGGCGUAUCAGAUUGUCCUCUGGUGAGCGAUAUGAACCGGAGCGCAACCAGUGGGAGAUGAUUCCGCCGAUGCACAAGCAAAGGUCAGACGCAUCAGCAGCAGCCUUGGAGAACAAGAUCUAUAUAGUCGGCGGGUUCAACGGAGAAGACAUCUACAGAUCUGCAGAAGCUUUUGACGUCGAGACCAGCCAGUGGAGCUACAUAAAGUCGAUGAUAAAUCCCAGGACUGGUGUUUCCCUGGUGGCUUUCCGUGACAGUCUGUAUGCUUUUGGUGGAUACAGCGGACUCACUCGGCUCACUUCUGCGGAAAAGUUCAACCCGAAUCAGCCGGAUGAGUGGCAAGAAGUCACGCAGAUGUUAAGGGCCAGGAGCAACUUCGCUACUGUUAUUUUAGAUGAUAUGAUUUUUGUUAUCGGGGGAUAUGAUGGAUACACAACAAUUGCUGACGUCGAGUGUUACGACCCCGAAACAAACGAAUGGUAUGACGCUUCAUCGAUGAACCUGAACAGAAGUGCUCUAAGCGCUUGUGUCAUUCCCGGAUUAUCGAAUGCUAAAGAUUACUCCUACCUCAGCAAAACCAAAAACUUUGGCCAAGGACAAGCUGGAGCGAAAAACCACGGAAAACCUGACCAAAGUGGAGAAGGUCCGCACAUUGAACUCGGAAACAAAAUCACUGGAUCCGUUGCUGGCUCGCAAUCGCACAGAUACUAA